ACCACAAAGUUCCUCUCAUCACUGUUUCUCAUCACCUCAUCAAGAACUCCAUCUUCAAUCAGAAAUCCAACAUUUCGAAUUCUCAUAGGAAAAACAACUAGGAAAUUACAGUUUUACCCCUCUUCCAACCCAAAAUUAACAAGGAAAUUACAGUUUUACCCCUCUUCCAACCCAAAAUUAACAAGGAAAAUCAGGGGUAGUUGAAGAAACUUCUCAGGAAAAAGGAAAAGAAAGGAGAAGGCCAAACCUAUUCUAUGCUUCACAACACCAAUCUAGAGUAACCAAAGAUCCAAGUUCAGACAAUGGCAACAAUCUCUACAGCCAAGCCCCUAAACUACACAAAUUCAGUCUUCUCUUCAUCAAGAACAAGCUUAGGACGUCACCAAGAACAGGUAAUUUUCUUCACAACAGGCAAACAAGCCAGCAAGAGAGGCAAAGCCAGCACAACCCCAUGGCUGAUAACCUGCUCAGCAGGCGACCAACAGACAGUUGUGAUCGGUCUAGCAGCAGAUUCAGGGUGUGGGAAGAGCACUUUCAUGAGGAGGCUAACCAGUGUGUUUGGAGGUGCAGCAAAGCCACCAAGAGGUGGAAAUCCAGACUCCAAUACACUCAUAAGUGACACUACAACUGUGAUAUGUUUAGAUGAUUACCAUUCGUUGGAUAGAACUGGAAGAAAAGAGAAGGGAGUUACUGCACUUGACCCAAGAGCCAAUGAUUUUGAUCUCAUGUAUGAGCAAGUUAAGGCUCUCAAAGAUGGAAUUGCAGUUGAGAAGCCUAUUUAUAAUCAUGUCACUGGUCUUCUUGAUCCACCUGAGCUUAUUAAGCCCCCUAAGAUCCUUGUCAUUGAAGGCCUACACCCAAUGUAUGAUUCACGAGUUAGGGAUCUUUUAGACUUCAGCAUUUACUUGGAUAUCAGCAACGAGGUCAAAUUCGCUUGGAAGAUUCAGAGAGACAUGGCAGAGAGAGGUCACAGCCUCGAGAGUAUCAAAGCAAGCAUCGAAGCGCGAAAGCCAGAUUUCGACGCGUAUAUCGAUCCGCAGAAGCAAUUCGCCGAUGCGGUGAUCGAAGUGCUGCCGACGCGAUUGAUUCCAAAUGACUACGAAGGGAAAAUUCUUAGGGUUAGAUUGAUAAUGAGAGAAGGAAUCGAGCAUUUCAAUCCAGUUUACCUGUUCGAUGAAGGCUCUACGAUCUCGUGGAUUCCUUGUGGGAGAAAGCUUACAUGUUCUUAUCCUGGAAUCAGACUAUCCUGUGGCCCUGAAACUUACUUCGGUCAUGAGGUAACUGUAUUGGAGAUGGAUGGGCAAUUUGAUAAAUUGGAUGAGCUUAUAUAUGUAGAGAGCCAUCUAAGCAACAUUUCCACCAAAUUUUAUGGUGAAAUUACACAACAAAUAUUGGAGCAUUCUGAAUUUCCAGGAAGCAAUAAUGGAACAGGCCUUUUUCAGACCAUCAUUGGCUUGAAAAUUAGAGACAUUUAUCACCAAAUUAUAGCCUCCAAACAACUAUCUCAAACUCAAUCAGCAAAGGCUUAAAAAGUCGACCCGGUUUGUGUGAGUCGAGAAAUUGAAUUUUUUAGUUCAACAAUGGUCGGGUGGAGGAUGGAACCGUAUCGAUUGUUGGAACGGUAGUUAGUAGUUUAUCUACUGAACUAUUCUUGAAUUGGUUUGGUUUUGGUCAUAGUUAAAAA